GCCAAUCGCGGGGCGGCGGGGCGGGAGCGGCCGGCGGCGCGUGCGAAGAUGGAGGAGUACGCGCGCGAGCCCUGUCCCUGGAGGAUUGUGGAUGACUGCGGAGGUGCCUUCACCAUGGGAGCGAUUGGAGGUGGCAUUUUCCAGGCCAUCAAGGGCUUCAGGAAUUCCCCAGUGGGUGUAAACCACCGGCUGAGGGGAAGCCUGGCUGCUGUCAAAACGAGAGCUCCACAGCUGGGAGGUAGCUUUGCUGUUUGGGGAGGUCUGUUCUCCAUGAUCGACUGCAGCAUGGUCAGAAUGAGGGGGAAGGAAGAUCCGUGGAAUUCAAUCACGAGCGGAGCCCUAACUGGAGCCAUCUUAGCUGCCAGAAAUGGACCUGUUGCCAUGGUUGGAUCUGCCGCAAUGGGAGGAAUUCUCCUGGCUUUAAUUGAAGGGGCUGGCAUUCUCUUAACAAGAUUUGCCUCUGCACAGUUCCAGAACGGCCCUCAGCUCUCCGAAGACCCCUCGCAGCUGCAGCCCUCUCCAUUUGGCGACUACAGGCAGUACCAGUGAUCCCCGUUCUGUUAGUUCGAAUUGUAGCUGAGCUUUAAUUUAAAAUGCUGGAGGAUCAGAGCACGGUAUGUCCUUACACCAGUGGUAGUCUCUUACACAAACCAUGCCAAGAGGACUUCAGCACUUGGCAGUGCAAAGCUGCGCAGAACUUUUAGGAGAUGACAGAUCUAUUUAUUGGUAACAGAUUCCAUUGCUGUAACGUUAAUACAUGUCUGACAGAAUACAUGGAGAUUUGAGAUAAGGA